UACAUACAUAUAAUGUCAAACAAGAAACAACAACAAAAACAACAACAACAGGAGGAUGCUGAAUAUAUAGAUCCAAAUGAUACUGCACAAGAGGUAUUGCUGGAAACAGCAGAGAAUUCAAUGAUGGACGACGAUGAUGAUAUGAACAAUGGAGAUCAUAACGAUGAUGAGGAUGAUGAUCAAGAUGAGGAUGAGGACUUUGUCGAUGAGUCUGUACAAGGAUUCUUUGAUCACAAGGAGAGUGUCUAUUGUGUGUCAAUCAACGGACAGCAUCAAGACGUCAUUGCCACGGGUGGUGGUGAUGAUCUGGCCUACCUGUGGAGCGUCGGUGAUGGAAAGAUGGUUCACAAGCUCGAAGGACACAAGGACUCGGUCAGCUCGAUCGAGUUCAACUUUGAUGGCAGCCUCGUCGCUACAGGAGGCAUGGACGGCACUGUCAAGGUGUGGGACGUCGCCACUGGUAAGCAAACUGUCACUCUGGAGGGUCCCAGCGAGUCUGUCGAGUGGAUCAAGUGGCACCCACGUGGCAACGUUCUGAUCGCCGGUGCUUCAGACUGCAUGGGAUUCCUGUGGUCGACGCUCAAGGGCGACCUGAUGUCAACAUUCUCUGGUCACAGUGCACCGCUGACCGCAGGAAACUAUACACCAGAUGGAAAGCGUGUGGUCACCGUGUCUGAGGAUGGCACUCUCAGAGUGUGGAAUCCAAAGGACGGCUCUAUGGCCGGUGUCAUUCAAGGUCACGGAUUCCAUGAGGGACCCAUCAGCACCUUGGCUAUUCGUUCCGAUGGUGUACUAGCAAUCACAGGUGGAGAGGAUCACUUUGCCUGUAUCUCAAACAUCAACACAUUCAAGACUGUUGGAAGGCUGAUGGGACACACUGAUACAGUUGAGGCUGUUGCCUUCUCCAAUACCAAUCCAAACUUUGCAAUUACAGGAUCAAUGGAUGGAACAGUUAGAGUAUGGGAUGUUAACUCACAACAGCCAAGGACAAUGAUGAAGCAUAAGAGCGGAACAUGUAUUACAAAGAUCAUCGUACAUCCAACUCAACCAAUUGUAUACAGUUCAUCCACUGAUAAGACUAUAUGUCUGUGGGACGAGCGUAAUGGACAGCUGAUCAAGCAGUUCCCCGGCCACCAAGACUCUAUUCUCGACUUUGAUAUUACACGCGAUGGCAGCACCAUUGUCACUGCAGGAGAUGACAAGGUAUCACUAGUUUUCUCAAUGUUCGCUCAGACUGCUCAACCAAAUGCUACCGUCUCCAACACUACCCAACAAUCAUCAACUACUACUACCAUG